AUUUUUUUGACUUGGGAUCCCAACACCUAUAAAUGAUCUGAGAAUUUAAUUAUCUGUUUGCACUAUGAUAUAUAGAAGAUCUAUUAUGCCGGUACACUAUUUGCAGUAUCUUUAGCUCAUUACGCAAUCUAUAAUGCUAAGCUAAUGAUGGCGCUGUUUGAAUAAAAGUGUUUUCUCAAUUACUCCUGAAUUAACAAGUGUUAAGUCUCGCACAUGGAGAUGGCUUUAGCAGUCUUGAGAAUUAUUACGCAAAAGCUCUUCCUAUCAUCACCAGUUAAACAGCAAUACACAAAUGAGGAGGCCGGAGAAUAUGAAAAGCAUGGAGCAAUAUUCUGAGAGAUCCUUUGAUUCCCUUAAUGAAUCAAUUCAUUCUCUCAUGGGAUUGAAAACACACCUAACUUGUAACUGGGUGGACUCUGUUGGUGGAAUAAUCAAGGCCCUCCAACCACAACCAUCUGAUAAAGAAGUAGAGCAACGACAACAACUACCAGAUGACAAUAAUAAUGAGGACUUUGAUACUGCCAUUUCAAAGAUUAAAGGUGAACUUGAAGUGUUAGAUGCCUGCAUUAAGAAACUAAACGUCCAGAGGAGGCACAUUCUUAAUGAGCUUCUGGACUUGAAAGGGAAUAUACGAGUUUUUUGUCGGAUAAGACCUAUUAGCAUUGCCAGUCAAAAGUCAGUGAAAGCUUUGGGUUCAAAUGAGGUGUUCAUAAAUUUGGCUGACAAUAAGACCAAAAGUUAUAGCUUUGACAAGGUUUUUCAUCCUUCUUCCUCACAAGGUGAGGUCUUUUCAGAAAUAGAACCAAUAAUCAAGUCUGCUUUGGAUGGCUAUAACGCCUGCAUAUUUGCUUAUGGGCAGACGGGCACAGGGAAAACAUUCACAAUGGAAGGCACAGAGGAGUUUCCAGGGGUUGUGCCUCGUGUGAUUGAGGCGCUCUUUAAGCAUGCAGCAGACAGUAACCCUGCAUUCCUCUUCAGUUUCAGUAUGAUGGAGAUAUACAUGGGAUAUUUAAAAGAUCUCCUCAUCCCACAUAGUCAGACAACAAAGUCAAUAUUCCCUUUACCACCAUGUCUUUCAAUCCAAACGCAUUCCAAUGGAGAAAUCACUAUUGAAAACCUUGUGACCAUACAAGUAAAUGACUUGAACCAAGCCAUGAGACUGUACAAGUUAGGACGUGGUUUCAGAUCCACUGCUUCCACAAAUUCCAACCGAACAUCAAGCAGAUCUCACUGCAUGAUUCGCAUAUCAAUUUCCAGCUUUAGUGCUAGUGAACGGAGAAGGUUAACAAACAAACUUUGGAUGAUCGACCUUGGAGGAAGUGAACGUGUUCUAAAAACAAAAGCAGUGGGGAGAAGAUUUGAAGAGGGAAAAGCAAUUAAUCUUUCACUUUCUGCCCUUGGAGAUGUCAUCCAUGCCCUCCAAAGUAAAAAGCGCCACAUUCCUUACAGGAAUAGCAGGCUGACGCAAGUUCUUAAAGAUUCCCUAGGUGAUGAUUCCAAAACACUAAUGCUUGUUCAUGUCAGUCCCGACGAAGAAGAUUUGUGUGAGACAUUGUGUACAUUAAAUUUUGCAACACGAGUCAAACUGGUUCAAUUCAGAAAUGAAGAAUCAACAGAAGUGAAGACAGAAAAGGAAAUUGCAAAAAAUAAUCUGCUGCAGAAGAUGAAGCAAAUCGAGUACAACCGCAAUGAUGUCACACAAGAAAUCAAGAAGUUGAAUGAGAAACUAGGAAAGCUGACAGUAAUAUCACCUUCUUCAACUGAACUAGUGGAUCUCUCAGAUGUAUGCAUUGAAGGGUUAGGGUCUAACAUGAGAUUUAAAAAAAAUAGUGUCACAUCUACCCCAUCAGCAGACUUUCCCAGAUUUAUGAGGCCUACUGUUUGUAGCGUAAGUAAAUCAGGAAACGCUGGAGGAGAAAUAAGAGCCUUAAAACGUAGAGCCUCGCUUCCUCCUAGAAAAGGAAAAGGAUCCUCCCACUGUGCCCAGUCUGUGGCUUUUCCCAUUGAAGGAACAUCAGAAUGUUAUUCAGAGAGCAGUGUUUCCAGAACUAGCUGCCUUGUUGGUCCAACUAUGAAAUUCAGUGUCGAUAAUGAGACAGAAUUCAGCGAAGACACAUCUGACAGUGACAUUAAGGUGGCAGUUUUUGCGAAACAAGAUCUAUCAGAAAGAGAUUCAAUGCAUAAAAAGUCUAAUUUGAGACUCAGCAAGAAGAACCAUGCAAAUACAACACAAAGAGUAUCAACCCAAAACCACUCAAAGGUUGACAAUUGGCUUCAACUGCACAAGUGCACAUCAAAUAUAAACAGGUGCACUCAUAAGAACAAAAGAAUUCCGGCGAUACCAGUUCCAGAGACGAAAGCAAAGGUCAGAGACAGAAUUGUGCAGGAUUUACAUGAUGAAAAGGUCUCAGGAAAGGGGUUGAGAAAAAGAAAUGUGAACCAUACAGAGGCAAAAUCAGCUGAUAUGGAGAAUCAGUUGAGCUCAGAGUUAGAAGCAGAAGUUAAUGUGUCUCAUGCAGUUUUGAAGCAUUUUAUCGAUUAUGAGAAGUCAUAUCCUGCGUGUCCAGCCUGCAAUAUUGCUAAAAUAACCAUAAAUGGAACAAAAGGUCAAGUACUCGAUUCAACAACUAAGGUCGGUGCAUGCAGAAGUUUUAGUGGACAUGCUGAUUUGAAUGAUCUUAAACUGAUUAUGCCAGACGUUGCAUAUCAAGGAAGAUAUAAUAUCUCAGCAAUUAAGGUCAACAGCCUUAACAUAGGCCUGAUAGAGAGUCCCUCUAGCUCAAAGAAGAAACCAGACUAUGAAGAAAUGCUUGAAAUGGAAGAAAGUAACAUAGAGAAUAUGCAUGUCUCAGGAUGCGUUAUAGCAGGAAUAAAGCCCUGCCAGUAUGAGUUAACAUCUCCUAGUGCUUUGUCCAUUUGCAAGGCAAAUCAAGUGGAUUCGCACCUUCUUUCCAAAUCACUAGAUAAUACCAGAACCGGAGGGUUCCUGAAUCUUUUGAAACCAAAAGUACACAUCUUAUAUAGCAUUGUUCUUGUCGUAUUGGGAUUUGCAAGCCUAGGUCUUGGGCAUGACUUCUUCUAUGCUUUGACUCUCUAAACAACUUGCUUAUCACAUGCCAAAACAUGAUGCACAUAUGAUGCACAUUUGGAGUUUUCCUUUCGAAAACUAGGUACCACGUGAUGAUAUAGUUUAAUGAAGAGAUAAAGAGAGUUGUUCUCGGCUGCUAGGCAACCGUGAGGUUAGAAUCUCAUUCCCAAGCUCAAAUUGUUGAUAAUGCAGGAACUGCAUAUGGAAGGAAAGGCUCAAUAUGUGUUUAUUUGUGGUGGUUCUUUUAAGUGCCAUCUCAUGAUUCUCCAAAUCAGGGUGAAAGGUCACUAUAUGUACAUGUGUUAAAUAUUUGAUGGAGUUCAACAAUAAAUUAAACUCUUUAGAACAAAUUAUUUGAUGGAGUUCAACAGUAAAUCAACUCUUUAGAAUGUUAGAAGCUGUCCAAGACGCACUUUUGUAUUUUGUUUUAGUAUUCUUAAAGUAUCACAAGAUACUAAAAAGAAAUUAAGGAAAAUAAGUCCUAAUUUGUCCCUCAACUAUUUACUUUUGUUUAAUUAUACCUCCAUUAGAAGUUGGCAACAAAAACCCCGCGCAGUUACCCAAAUGUAUCAGUAUACACCCUUAUUCUGUAAGGUCGCUCUUGCUGGCUAAUAUUAUCAAUGUUGGAGCUGCAUAAUUGCCAGGUGUGAGCACAUGUGGGAAACAUUACUCGUUGACCCUUACAUGAAAUUUGACCUAACUCUCGAAAUAAAAGUCUACCCUGAGGUAGAACAAAUCUUCUGUUAACCCUAAAUUAUGCAUUCAACAAGAAGCUAAGUGCAUCCAACUAGAUAAUCCAAACUAGAGUUUCAUGAAACUAAGGUAAACUAUAACAUUGCAGUAGCAGUAGUUAAAAUAAAUCAGCAAGUUGUGUGUAUUUAAAAGAAAAUGCAAAAAUUAAGCAAAAUUAACAAGAAUUGCAGAUAAGAAAAUAUUGCCUGGGCCAAGAGACAUCAAGGACUGCAUUUGGUUUCUUCCAACUGAGUCACUGAGAAGUGUCAAUGACUUGUUCCUGACCAUACCC